CUGUUGUCUGAAUUGAUUGAGCUGAUGAGCUAAACAGUAAUGUGAAGCUCUUAUGUUCCUGACAUUGAUUCAAUAACGUUCUACUCUUUUCUACGUGGAUUCGUGUAUUGAAAUAUUUUCAAAGCUCUUUCAUCAAAUAUGUGGAGAGUCAUUAUACUGGUCAAAGUCUACAGCUUAUUGGUCUCUCAUGUUGAUUGUAAACUAACUGCACUUGGAGAUCCAAUAGGACCUCUGGGACCAACUAUCAUAGAGAAGCCUAACAAAGUGGAUGAUGACUUGAAGGUGGUUACCGAUGCAAUCAAUGCACAAAAGUUGAGUCCUGACCUCGUUAAUCUGAUUGCCAGUAGAACGGCUGAUCAAAGAGCUGCCAUAGAUGCAGCCUACUUGAAGGCAACAGGCAAGGUAGGAUGUCAUCCAUUUCAAAGCCUUACCACGGAUACCAGCAGCAUUCAGCUUUUCAAGAAGAAUAGUGAAAGACUGAAUCCAAAAAAUGUACCUGUACCUGCUCUAACAGCUGACGCCUAUCCUGGGAACGAACGCUUGAAAAAACCCGUGAAUGGUGCUUCAUUGAUUGAUGAUAUAAACGGUAAGGUAGACGAUACAGGAAAAUCUACAUUCCUGAAGAUGGUGGAUCCUAAGACAAUGAGGCCUGAUGAUGGAACUGAUGCAACCAUGGUUGAACAACAGUUUGGAUUAUUGCCAAUCGAUAAAAUACACUGUGAUAAUGUGGCAUUAGAGGAUUUCCUGACAAGUGCCAGCUUUGCACAGAUCAAAUUGGUUGUGGAGAAAUAUAACGGACAUCCUGAUUCAAGUGGUAAACCUCUCGCAGAUAAAAUGAAAAAAUCUUGUCCGAAAGGUCUAAGACAAGAGAUUUAUAAGCGUAUAGUGAGAUAUGCUGCCGCACCUUAUGAGUAUUUGGCUGAGGAGUUCAAUUUGGGAAUAACGGGAAAUUCUUUCAAUACCCAAGCCCAUAGAUACCAAUUAAUAGCUCGAAGUGAAAUCGAUUUGAAAGAUAUUAUUUCAGCUUAUGCAAGCAGUUUUGGACAUGAGCCGCAGAAAGACAUGGACUCAUGGGCUAAAGACGAAUAUACUGAUUUAUUUCUGGCUGUUCUUAAUGGAAAUCCUCCAAAGAAGUAGUAUCCUUCCUGUUUAUUAUAAUAUUAUACUUAAAUUUUCCAAACUCAUUUUGAAUUCAACAAGAAAUAAUGUUUUGAAUUGAAUACUACAUUUACUACAAUAAAUACUACAAUAGUAUGUGACUUAUUGUGUUCCAACUUUUAAGAAUAAAGUUCCAGUUCGACUUUAAGUGGA